UGGCUGCUAACGCAUGAGCAAUCGCAUGCUGAUAAAUUGUAAAAGCGAUAUGAUGCAAAUAGAUAUGCAAGAUAACUUUGUUGGCUUGCUCUUCGUAAUCUAAAAUUCCUAACCUUAACAAACAAAAUCAAAACAAGAUGUCUGGAAUCGGAGUGUUGUCUGUGAAUGAAUCUCAUUGUGCUGAUUCCCAAAGCUACCCUACUUUGGGGGAGUAUCAAUUGGGUUUGGGAUCAUGGGCGAUCUUUCUGUAUACUUUCUCCGGGAUCGCUGCAAUCAUUCUUUCCAGCGAAUUUUGCCUCUCAGCGUGGCAGUUCGAGAAAUCCGUGUCCAAAAAUCUUUUGUUCGAUACACUAUUUGUUAACUCGGUGUAUUUCGUUGUGUCUCUACUCACCUUGAGCAGUAUCGUUCUUCCCAAGGCCAGUUCCUUCUCAUGGGCUCUCUACAAGAUCUACCUUGGACUGGCUAUGGUCAAGUUCACGGCCAUCAUCUUGAAGUUAUACAAUGACGAUCCGAAGCACUUUGUGCACACAAUCACCACCAACUCCCGCAACAUUACGGUUGAAUCCAAGAGCCAGGAGCCGGAGGAUGAGUUCAUCAAUAUGCGAUCUCCACCUUGUUGCUUCUGCCUGUUUUGCCCAACCAAUGUUAGGUUGACCUCGGGAAAAAUGGAACUGAUCCGCUUGGCCAUAUACCAGAUGCCCUAUGUCCAGGCAUUGUGCAUGUAUCUCGUCAUCAGCUUAAAUUUGUCCGGAUACUUACAAUAUGAUGACGAGAGCAAAAAUCCGGGGGUGGUCUACUUUCAAAUUAUUGAAACAAUCAGCUUCGUCAUAGCUCUUUGGGGCAUCUUCUUGUUCUUGAGCAUUACCAACAAGUAUCAGAUGGGGAAUAACAAGCAUUUCCGCAAGAAGGCUCUCUUGUUCCGAUUAUUAUUGGUGCUCAUCAACGUUCAAGGGGUCGUGAUUGACAUCCUAGCCGCACUAAACAUCAUUCGAUGUAACGAAAACAUGAGCCGAAUAGCGAUGGCGGCCAUGAUCAAGGAUUCAUGUGCCGUCUUUGAGGUGUUCAUUUUGGGAAACUUGAAUUUUUUACUGAAUAUGGUGGACUUUCCGUUUGAAAUCUUGGAAUCUUGGUCGAAGGGAGUGCAUCAAGUGCUGUAUGAUAAGGAAGCUGCUAAAUAAAUAUAGGCGGUUAAUCUCUCAA